GAACGGUGUUGAACUGAUUUGGAUUUUGUACAAAGAUCCAGCAGCAUGUCUGUAUAAUUGUGUGACAGUAUAAAGAAAGUAACUGAUACAUAGCUAAGAUGUUACAGAAAUAACCUCUAUUCUAAAAAUGGGAUCUUGGAAGCUCAGAUUUCAAGGUCAGCGUGUGAAGAACGUUACUGUACGUCUCGGCUUAUCCGGGAUUUUUUUUUCAGUCACGACAGUACAGGAGAUGGACACAUCGAUCUCAUGUAAAGAGUCUCAAAAAUAAAGUUCCUCAGAGUGACGAAACAGUACCUGCCUCACCUGGCACGCCUGUGUCUCAUCAGCACCUUCCUGGAGGACGGCAUCCGCAUGUGGUUCCAGUGGUACGAGCAGAGAGACUACAUCGAGGCCACCUGGGGCUGCGGCUACUUCCUGGCCACAUGCUUUGUGCUGCUUAACCUUUUAGGACAGCUGGGUGGCUGUGUCCUUGUUCUUAGUAGAAAUUUUGUACAGUAUGCCUGCUUUGGAUUAUUUGGCAUUAUUGCGCUACAGACUGUUGCCUACAGUAUCCUAUGGGAUCUAAAGUUUUUGAUGAGGAACAUGGCUCUGGGCGGUGGGCUGCUGCUACUCUUGGCCGAGUCACGCUCUGAGGGGAAGAGCAUGUUCGCCGGUGUGCCUACGAUGGGCGAGAGCUCCCCAAAGCAGUACAUGCAGCUGGGUGGCCGCGUGCUCCUCGUUCUCAUGUUCAUGACCCUGCUGCACUUCGACUCCAGCUUCUUCUCGAUCCUGCAGAACAUGGUGGGCACAGCCCUCAUCAUUCUGGUGGCCAUCGGCUUCAAGACCAAGCUGGCGGCUCUCACCUUGGUGGUGUGGCUCAUGGCCAUCAACGUCUACUUCAACGCCUUCUGGACGGUGCCUGCCUACAAGCCCAUGCACGACUUCCUCAAGUACGAUUUCUUCCAGACCACGUCGGUCGUCGGCGGCCUGCUGCUAGUGGUGGCUCUCGGUCCCGGGGGCGUGUCCAUGGACGAGAAGAAAAAGGAGUGGUAAGGAGAUUCCAUCUCCUUACACAGGAAAAAAUAAAAAAACAAAUCCACUGCCCAGGACACAAGGACCCGCAAAUCUUAAAACAGCCCAGUACAACUCGGAGCCACCUCCAUUCUCGUCUUCAGCUGCCCUUUUGUUUUGUUUUGUUUUUCAUAUCUCACGCUUUUUGUUUUUACAAAUUCACAAUGGCAAAAACAAGUUUUUAAGAUGCCUGAUCAUGUCUCAGUAAAGAAAACAGCCUGAAUGACAAGGAACUGUCUGAGUUAAUGUUGAUUUUUUUUUUUUUUCCCCUCUGUCACUGUUGACCAGGAUGCUGUCUUUAAAGCAUUAUAAACAUAAUUCUGUUGGGAUGCUUCACUUCUCAUGCGCAUUGCUAUACGGUUGUUGUUUUUAAAACACUUGAGAAAUAGCUGUGAAUGUGUAUCCAUAUAGACUCUGUGAAACGACAGUAAUUUAGUGCUCUAACUGAAAGAUGUUUUCAAAUACAGCUGAAUAAUGAACUGGCGCCACUGAUCGUUUGUGGUGCACCUCUCCUUGUUUCUUUCACCCUCAAAUCAAUCCACGCGUCAAAUCAAACGGCCCUUGCGUUUAGGGUGCGCAGGGUCUCCUGUAACACUGGUCGUGGUUCGGAUGGGGGGAUUUGUUAUGUAUAAACCACCCUACAGAAUAGAAAGGUGGAAGUACAGCGCCUUCUGACUGCUCUGUUUUCGCUCUAGUGGGCUGUGUACUGUCUGAACCUUAGCUAGGACCCAGGCAGUAGACAGACUUGCAGUUUAUACACACAAACAAAUAAAACACUAUUUUACACCUCUGCACAGGUGGAAUAGGUCAGAAGAAGGUCUGUUCUGUCACCCAAGCUUCAUCUUGAUCUGUGUUUUUGCUGUCGAUAAAAUAACACAUUGAUUUACAGGAGUUUAUAAUGUAUUUUUUGAUUUAUUUUCGUUUUCAGGCGGAGAAAAAAAUAAAAGCAAAAAAAUGAAA